CAAACAUGGCAGCCUCCAGUAGCGACGGUGUUGAAGUUGUGUGUUUUAACGAAAGGUUUUGCGGUAGAAAAGCACAGAAAAAGAAUUCUCCAAGUGAUGUUUUGGAAAAAAAAUUUAAGGAGCCGGAUAAAAAUGUCAAAGUUUUUAACAUCAAGAGAGCUCGCUAUGAAGUAAUCAGAUUUGGUAUGAGUGGAUUUGACAAAGAAAAGCAUUUAAACGCCAAAAUAGCUAUGGCUAUCAGACUUGGUGCAAAGCCACCAAAGAAGCCUAAUAUAAAUUAUAAAGAGCUUAUGAAAAUGAAAAAAGAACAAAAAACAAAUGAAAAUGAACAGAGAAAAUAUUCGUUGCAACCACUUAAAGGAAGAAAAACUUCAAAGAAGAAGAAACCGAAGAAUCAACCAAAUGCUUUAGUUUAAGUUAUGCUGUAUUUUUUAAGUUAUGCUAAUAAAUUAUUUUAC